CAAACCUUCUCUGGUUCCCUGACCCCAGUGAGAUUGCAGCCGGUGUGGGGACCUGGGGGAGAUAUGGAGAAAGAGACGGGGGAUCCCCUGGCUGGAGCUGACCGACAGAGUAGGCAGUCAUGGCUGAAGAAUUGGAUAUCAGAGUAAUGUUUGACCUCUGGAAACAUCCCUUACAGGAGGUCCGGUCAAAAUUCACUAGGUAGGAGGGUCAUCAGCUGGAAAGAGCCGGAGCCUGGGGGGACCUGGCUGGAUAGGUAUGGGGGAUCCAAGGUCCCCCCAUGGCAGCCCCCCAACUCUAAGCACUCUCACCCUCCUGCUGCUCCUCUGUGGACAUGCUCAUUCUCAAUGCAAGAUCCUCCGCUGCAAUGCUGAGUAUGUAUCAUCCACCCUGAGCCUUAGAGGUGGGGGUUCACCGGGAGCACUUCGAGGAGGAGGAGGAGGAGGAGCAGGAGGAGGGGGCCGGGGUGGAGUGGGCUCCGGCGGCCUCUGUCGAGCCCUCCGCUCCUACGCUCUCUGCACCCGGCGCACAGCCCGCACCUGCCGCGGGGACCUGGCCUUCCAUUCGGCGGUGCACGGCAUCGAAGACCUGAUGAUCCAGCACAACUGCUCCCGCCAGGGCCCCACGGCCCCUCCCCCGCCCCGCGGCCCAGCCCUCCCAGGCUCGGGCCCCGUCCGCUCCUCCGGCCCCCCAGCCCCGGACCCCUGUGACUACGAAGGCCAGUUUUCCCGGCUGCACGGUCGUCCCCCGGGCUUCCUGCAUUGCGCCUCCUUCGGGGACCCCCACGUGCGCAGCUUCCACCACCACUUUCACACGUGCCGUGUCCAAGGAGCUUGGCCCCUGCUGGAUAAUGACUUCCUUUUUGUCCAGGCCACCAGCUCCCCCGUGGCAUCGGGGGCCAACGCCACCGCCACCCGGAAGCUUACCAUUAUAUUUAAGAACAUGCAGGAAUGCAUUGAUCAGAAGGUCUACCAGGCUGAGGUGGACAAUCUUCCAGCAGCCUUCGAAGAUGGUUCUAUCAAUGGAGGUGACCGACCUGGGGGCUCAAGUUUAUCCAUUCGAACUGCUAACCCUGGGAAUCACGUGGAGAUCCGAGCUGCCUAUAUUGGCACAACUAUAAUCAUUCGGCAGACAGCUGGGCAGCUCUCCUUCUCCAUCAAGGUAGCAGAGGAUGUGGCCAGGGCCUUCUCAGCUGAGCAGGACCUGCAGCUCUGUGUUGGGGGGUGCCCCCCAAGUCAGCGACUCUCUCGCUCAGAACGCAAUCGUCGGGGAGCUAUAACCAUGGAUACUGCCAAACAGCUGUGCAAGGAAGGGCUGCCAGUUGAAGACGCUUACUUCCAUUCCUGUGUCUUUGAUGUUUUGAUCUCUGGUGAUCCCAACUUCACUGUGGCAGCUCAGGCAGCUUUGGAGGAUGCCCGAGCUUUCCUGCCAGACCUAGAAAAGCUGCACCUCUUCCCCUCAGAUGCCGGAGUUCCUCUUUCCUCAGGGGCCCUCCUGGCCCCACUCGUGUCUGGGCUCUUUGUUCUGUGGCUUUGCGUUCAGUAACUAGGCCAGCAACCCCAUGACUGGUUUGAAAUGAUCAGGGGAUAGAAACAGGCAGGGAAGAACAUGAAGAGUCACUGAAGGAAACUGUGGGAACUAGAAGACACAUGAAAUAAUGACAUUUAACCAGAGUCAGA